UAAACUCCUCAAAGAUUCAAUUUUUAUUUUUGGCUCAAAGAGAAAGAUACAAGGUGCAAAGUAAUAACACUCCUCUAGGUAUUAUCAUCAUCUGGAACUGAAAUUCGAUCCAACUAAUCAUCUGAAACGUCGAUUCUUUGUUCAAUUAUGGCUACUGCUUCAGUGGCAUUCAAAUCAAGGGAGGAUCAUAGGAAGCAGCUCGAAUUGGAGGAGGCUCGUAAAGCUGGGCUUGCACCAGCAGAGGUUGAUGAAGAUGGGAAAGAGAUCAAUCCUCAUAUUCCUCAGUAUAUGUCAUCUGCACCUUGGUAUCUUAAUGCAGAGAGACCGAGUUUGAAACAUCAGAGGAAAUGGAAAUCGGAUAAGAAUCAUACUAAGUCUUGGUAUGAUAGAGGUGCCAAAAUAUUCCAAGCUGAGAAAUACAGAAAAGGAGCUUGCGAGAACUGUGGAGCCAUGACCCAUGAAGUGAAAUUCUGCAUGGAAAGGCCGCGAAGAAAAGGAGCAAAAUGGACUAACAUGCACAUGGCGCCCGAUGAGAAGAUUGAGACGUUUGAGUUGGAUUAUGAUGGGAAACGUGAUAGAUGGAAUGGUUAUGAUGCAUCAGCCUAUGCUCGUGUUAUCGAGAGAUAUGAGGCAAGGGAUGAAGCCCGAAGGAAAUAUUUGAAAGAACAACAACUGAAAAAGUUGGAGGAGAAAAAUAAUAAGCCGGAUGGAGAGGGUGCAAGCAGUGCUGAUGAAGAUGAAGAUGAAGAUGAAGAUGCUCUGAAAGUUGAUGAGGCGAAAGUUGAUGAGUCCAAACAAAUGGAGUUUGCUAAAGUGGAGAAGCGUGUUCGCACAACUAAUGGUGGUAGCACUGGAACAGUUAGAAAUUUGCGUAUUCGCGAGGAUACAGCUAAAUAUCUUUUAAAUCUCGAUGUAAAUUCUGCUUAUUAUGAUCCUAAAACGCGAUCUAUGAGAGAGGAUCCUCUUCCUGAUGCUGACCCAAAUGAGAAGUUUUAUGGAGGAGAUAACCGUUAUAGAAUAAGUGGGCAAGCAUUGGAGUUCAAGAAACUUAAUAUACAUGCUUGGGAAGCAUUUGAAAAGGGCCAGGAUAUCCACAUGCAAGCUGCUCCAUCUCAAGCUGAACUUCUGUAUAAGAACUAUAAGGCCAUUAAGGAGAAGUUGAAGUCACAAAUGAAAAAUACCAUAAUGGAGAAGUAUGGUAAUGCUGCAAGUGAAGAAGAACUUCCGAGGGAGCUUCUUUUGGGACAAAGUGAGAAAGAAGUAGAAUAUGAUCGUACGGGCAGAAUCGUAAAAGGCAUGGAGAUAUCUGUUCCCAAAAGCAAAUACGAAGAAGAUGUUUAUAUCAAUAACCACACUAGUGUUUGGGGUUCUUGGUGGAAAGAUCACCAAUGGGGUUAUAAGUGCUGUAAGCAAACAAUAAAGAACAGCUACUGCACUGGCUCAGCUGGAAUUGAGGCUGCUGAAGCAGCAGCAGACUCGAUGAAAGCCAACGUUGAUCGUAAAGCGGCUUCUGAAGAGACACCUGCACCAAGAGAAGAGAAAAAUCUUGCCACUUGGGGAACUGAUGUACCUAAUGACUUGGUCCUAGACCAGGAAAAACUUGCAGAAGCUCUUAAGAAGGAGGAUGAACGAAAGAAGGAAGAGAAAGAUGAAAGAAAACGCAAGUAUAAUGUUAGCUGGAACGACGAGGUUACCGGAGAGGAAAUGGAGGCAUAUCGAAUGAAGAAGAUUCACCAUGACGACCCCAUUAAGAAUUUUCUGUACUGAUAUAUGUUGGCAGCCAAUAUUGUCUGAUGUAGUGUAGUGUAAACCACAAUCUUGAAAGUUGAAAGUUGAAAUCCUUAACAGAAAAGCAACUCAUUCUUAUCAUGGCUUUUCAUACCUUAUUGGCAUGAAUAUUCAUCAAUGCUAAUAUGCAUUGUUACUGUAAA